AUGGACAAGGUUCAUCAUAUCUCAGUGCCUUCCAAGGUGCUAUUCAAAAGAGCCCGCAAGAUCGUCCCUCCAAUGCUGGAGAAAUUCCACAAGGGACAACAGGGUCGAAUCGCUGUUAUAGGGGGCUCUCUCGACUACACAGGUGCACCAUACUUCUCUGCCAUGGCGUCAGCAAGACUAGGAUGUGAUAUGAGCCAUGUUAUUUGCGAGAACUCUGCUGCUACCGUCAUCAAAUCAUAUUCCCCAAACCUGAUGGUGCACCCGAUCUUACCGAGCAGCAACUCAGUUAAAGACCCGAACUCCAUCGAUGCUCCGAGCUUAGCAAGUCCUAUCAUCUCAAUGCUUUCCAGGCUUCAUGCACUUGUUAUUGGGCCCGGUCUGGGCCGAGAUGGGGUUACGCUCCAGGUAGUCAGGGAAGUAAUGAAGGAAGCACGGUCCCGCUCAAUACCGUUUAUCCUGGAUGCGGAUGGACUUCUUUUGGUUACAGAGGAUCCAGACAUUGUGAAGGGAUACAAGGAGUGCAUUUUGACUCCCAACGUCAACGAGUUCAGCCGCCUAGCCAAGGCUCUUGGGAUUGAUGUCCCAAGUCUAGCUCAGAUCUCUGGCGACGAGGGUGAGGAAGACAAGACGAGCCGGGAAGCAGAGGCGUGCGAAAAGCUCUCGAAGGCCCUUGGUGGCGUCACCAUCGUCCAGAAGGGACCGCACGACGUGAUCUCGAAUGGGGUUACGAGCAUUGUCUCCGAUAUCAGGGGAGGGUUGAAGCGUAGUGGUGGUCAGGGAGACACCCUCACUGGUUCACUGGGGACGCUGAUGGGUUGGAGAGCAGCUUACCACAAUGCACUAUGGGAUUCUGGCGAGCAAGAGAGCUCAAAGGAGGCGCAGUCCAAGCAGGAAAUCCAAGCGGAGCUGGAAUCGGAGAAGAGGAUGUCCCCGGCGACAACAUUGCUGCUUAUUGCAUGGGCGGGCAGCGCUAUUACGAGAGAAUGUUCUCGCCGGGCUUUCAAGGCAAAGGGGAGAAGCAUGCAAGCGAGUGAUCUCACCGAGGAAGUCCACGACAGUUUCUUGACGCUCAUUGGGGAGCCUGAAGGAUCCAAGGUGCAUCUUUAG